UAAUGUGACAUGUCAAUCCGUGUUAUUUGUUACAUCCAACGAGCAGAAACGAAGGUUUAGUGCAAUCAACAUCCUCAUUGUCAAAAACAAGGAUGCAUCCUCCUAGCGCUUGCUUUCUAGGUGGACUCCGUAUGUACAAGAUUGUUCUUCUUGGAGAGGGCGGCGUGGGAAAAUCAGCUCUAACCAUGCAGUUUGUAUCUCACUGUUUUGUGGAUUAUCAUGAUCCUACUAUUGAAGAUGCAUACCAACGUCAAGCUGUAAUUGAUGGAGAGUCUGGAUUGUUAGAUAUUUUAGACACUGCUGGACAGCAAGAGUUCACUGCCAUGAGGGAGCAGUAUAUGCGUAGUGGUGAAGGAUUUGUCAUAAUAUAUUCCAUAACAGACAGACAAAGCUUUCUUGAAGCAGCUCAAGCAAAGACGCAAAUUGAGCGAGUUCGAAGAGGAGAUGGAACACCAAUGGUCCUGGUUGCAAACAAAAUGGACUUAGAGAGCAAAAGGGAGGUGACUACUGAAGAGGGCCAAGCAUUAGCCAGGGAGUUUGACUGUCCAUUCUUUGAAACAUCUGCAGCCCUGAGGCACUUUGUGGAUGAUGUUUUCCACACUUUAAUUCGACAGAUACGGAAAAAGGAAAGAUUGGGUAUGAAGCUAGCUCAAAAGAAAAAGAAACGUCAUCAUAGGGCAAGCACAAUUGUUCAGAAUUUUUUCAGACGUCAGAAGAAAAGGGUGUAAGUGUAUCUGGACAUGAGGUUGGGAACAAAAAUGAUAUUGUGCUUCUGUUCAUAGAAAAUGAUAAUUUGUAUCAAGUAAGUCAAAAAUUCCUAAUUGUAAAUAGCAAAUUAGAUUUUUCUGUAUAUUGUGGUCUUUCCAGAGAUAUAGAUUUACAAAUUGUUUGAUGACAAACUAGUUUUGUAGGCGUAAACAUUGUAGAAAUUCUCAUGGAAUCUACCAGGCUUUCAAGAGCUCUGAGGGUUCAAAACAUUCAUAAAGCAUGUGUAUGAUAUGUUGAAAUCCUAUUCAACCAAUGGUUGGGAAUUUUUAAUACUAAAAAACUCAAGAGAUUCCAAUUUGACCUCUAAUAGUGAAAAAUCUAAAAAUGCUGAGGUUUGAAGUUAGAAUGUUAUCAUCAUGGAACAAUGCAAGUUCACACUCAGAAAUUUUUUGAAAUAUUAAAAAAAGGUCAUGUUUUAAACAUUUGUUUAAGAGAAAUCCUCAUCUUUUUUUUGUUUUUUUGUUUUUGGAAUAAACAGAAACUGAUCACAAGUUGUGCAUAAUUAAAUCAGUUGAAAGAAAACAGAAUUUUUUUCUCCUAAGGGAAACUUACAGUGUGAUAUAUUUUGUUACAUAUGUCACAUACACAAAACUGACCAAUCCUAUUGCAGAAAACAAGCAAUGAGUUCCAUCUAAAUCCUUAGACAUCUUUGCUUAAUUACUUAGAACUUUGCUGCAUUCAUUGGCUGUUUGAAGUAAUAACAUAACUGGUUAAUUUUGUUGAAGUGACGACAGUAACUGUAGUGGCUCUAUACAUAGCUGCUAAGUUUUAUCACUUUUUACUUGUAAAUAUCACUGUUUACAUAUAAUCAUUGCAUGAUAAUUAUAAGAUUAAAUAGUAAGUUGGGUAAAUGUGUUGAGUUUGGAGUUUUUCAUACAAGCAGAAAUCAAGCAAAUGAGUAACACAAGGAUGGGCACCUUCUAAGACCAUGAAAGACUUUCAAAAAGUCAAAUGUAAAUCAAUAAUUUUGUUAAUUUUGUACAUCCCAUGAUAAAUUUAUUUUUAAGAUCCUGCCUGUUUUUAGAAACUAUUUGAAUGGGCCAGGGCUCUGACUGAAUAGUGAGGUUCCCCAUCAAACUCUCUACCCUCUGAUCUUGUGCAGUGAUAGAAAGAGUUCUAAAAAAAUUUAAAUUGCUGGAAUGUGCAAUGCUCUCUGCUUUGGUCUAGAAAUUCAGUCAUUCAUUUUUUUAUUGUUCUUUAAUUAAAGUUAGAGGAUAGGUGGUCCUUUGUGUGUGCUCCAUCAUACAAGUCAUUCGAAAUCAGUGGAAAUCACCCCACAUCUUGUUAAGUGUCUGAGCAAUGUGCACAGAAAGUGCAUGCAGGGGCCAACUCAAUCAGGCAAUUUUUCUUGACUCAUGAUGGACCACACUAAGAAGGAAGGAAUAUGCAUACUCUACUUUGAACAUGUGUAAUAAACUCAACCAAUCACCUCAUAAAAAAAAUAUAACAGGUCCUAGAGAAGAUUUCUCUCUUCUUAACCCAUUUAACCCUAAAGAUGACCAGCAACUAAUUUCUCCAUACAGUAAUAAUGCCAAAUCAUUUAAGAAGAUCAUGAGAAAUGAAGAAACGAUCACCAACGUAAGAAGCUUUGAUUAUUAGACAAAUUCUCCUAGCCAGUACCAAGGGAAAUCUAGAGAAGAGUAUGGAGAAUAUCGAUGCUGAUGUUAGGGUGUAAAGGGCUUAAUGAAAGAGAAAAAUAUUCUGAUUGAAUGAGGUGAUUAUUUAAAGCAGUAACAUCACAGUUACUUCCAAAAUGUAUUUAUGCAAGGCAAUGUAGUCAGCUUCACUUUCAUCUAAAGUAGGUGAAGAUUAUUUGUUAGAAAUGGAAAUGAAGAGUAUUUUAAUGAUGUUGUAAUUUAAGAAGCUUUUGUAUAAUAGUGGCUGUAAGCUUUCUUUUUAUCUGUAUAUGGUGCUACAUAGCUAUAUUAGUGAUAAAUUAAACACUGUCUCCAUUAAUCUAGUCUGAUACGUUUAUCUCAAGUUUGAGAAAAGUUGCGGCGUAAGGUAGGGGAGGGUAGGGCCAAAAUUUGAGGGACAGAAAAGCAGGCUCUGUCACUUUUAGUAGUCCAUAUUGUUUCUUUAA